UCCGUGUGAGCUUUCGUCUCUUCCUGUGUGUAAGUUCAGUUCUCCGUGAGGCCGCUGCUGUUGUCGUUAACUGGAAUCAACAUGUUAUUAAUCAGUAACCGGGUUAAAUUUUGUUCGCUGGCGUUCACCGCAGCGCGCAUGUACGCCAACGGAGCUCAAGCCAACAACAACCCGGUGGUGUUCUUCGACAUCGCGGCGGAUAACGAGCCGCUCGGUAGAGUCACCUUCGAGCUGAAUGCAGAUGUUGUGCCAAAAACAGCAGAGAAUUUCAGAGCGCUUUGCACAGGUGAACAUGGAUUUGGAUACAAAGGCUCCAUCUUCCACAGAGUGAUUCCACAGUUCAUGUGUCAGGGAGGAGAUUUUACAAACCACAAUGGAACUGGAGGAAAAUCCGUCUAUGGACCGAGAUUUCCUGAUGAGAACUUUAGACUGAAACACACAGGACCUGGUAUUCUGUCUAUGGCUAACGCUGGACCCAACACAAAUGGAUCCCAGUUCUUCAUAUGCACGGCUAAAACAGAGUGGUUGGAUGGACGGCACGUGGUGUUCGGCAGCGUUAAAGGAGGGAUGGAUGUGGUGAAGAAGGUUGAAGCUUUGGGUUCUAGAUCUGGUAGAACUGCAAAGAGAAUCAGCAUCACAGACUGCGGAGAACUCAAGUAGAGAGUUGAGAGAACAAGUCGAGUCAAUUCAUACGCUGAAGCUGUUUGUUUCUACUGUUCUGCUGAAGAUUUACAGACUUCUGAGUGUUCGAAAGGGCAAAAAGCUCCAUAAUGUGAAAUUUACACACUUUUGGGUUAAAAGGGAAAGUUCACACAAAAAUGAAAAGAAUUUACUCACCCUCAUGUCGUUCCAAACCCGUAUGCUGUUAUUGUUUCCAACGAUUCCAAGUAUUCUGAAGCCAUGCGAUAGCUUUAUUUCAGAAAUACGCUUUUGUGUUGCAUGGAAAAAUAACAAAGGUUUGCAACGAUGUUAGGGUGAGUAAAUAAUGACUGACUUCUCAUUUUUGAAUGAACUAUUCCUGGAAAUAAGAUCCACUGUGAACAAGUUAUAUGAAAAUGUCAUUCUCAGGCAAUAAUUUGUGUGUUCGGAGUUAAAUCGCGUUUACUCUGGACUGAGAACUUGACGACCCCUCUGUCAUUCUCAUUCAUUAUAUUAUGAGUUCUGAUGAGCAGAGAGGUUCCGUAUUCAUCACACGAGUUUAAAGUAUUAAAACCAAGAGCAAUAAGUGA